CCGUCACAUCACAUUUGUUCCUGAUUUGUGUGUAUAGUUUCCAUGCAGCUGGAAAGUCGGUCCAGCCUCUCGAGCUUUGACGUCAUGCGCCUCAGUGCUCACACAUGGAAGUGAUCAUUACAGUCCACUCAACAGUUUAAGGUCGCAGAGCCCGGAGCUCACAGUGCAGCAGUCUAGAGAUCUAUCAGUCUAUCUAUCUGACUUUUACUCGUGGUUAUUCUCUUAACGCAUUCCACUCGUCUCGUACUUCUUUAUUUUUGGCAAAGCAGAUCGUGCACUUUCUUCCGAGCGUCUAUCUUUUUUUUGUUUUGUUUUUCUUUUUUCUUUUUGUUUUGCCUGCACGGAAUAUCACUGACAUGUCCAGACCUCUGACCAUGAACCCAACUUUUCUACCUCCUCCAACUUACGGAGUGCUUAAAUCUCUACUCGAAUAUCCAAUCAAACUACCCCUGCACCACGAAGAAGCUUAUGACAAGGAGAAGAAGUUGGAGGAAGAGAAGAAUGUGCCGCAGUCUGCCUUCCUGGGUCCGGUACUUUGGGAUAAGACCUUGCCUUACGAUGGUGACAAUUUUCAAUUGGAGUACAUGGACCUUGAAGAAUUUCUGUCUGAAAAUGGCAUCCCUUCCAGCCUACCACAACACGAGCAAAGCCAGUGCCCUCAGCAACAGCAGCAGACCCCUGUCUCUGUCAUGGAUCUCAGCAACAGAGGCAGCACCUCCAUCCACACAAGCAUGGUCUCUCAGCCCUGCCUCCAGAGUCCCACACGAACAGUAUUGCCUUCAGCACGCAGCACUCCUAGCCCAGUUGACCCAGAGUCUAUCCAAGUGAUGAUGAGCUAUGAGCCUGACCCAACAGACCUAGCUUUAUCCAGUGUGCCUGGCCAGGAAGCAUUUGACCCUCGCAAGUGCAGGUUCUCUGAAGAAGAGCUUAAACCUAAACCAAUCAUUAAAAAGGCACGCAAAAUCUUCAUUCCUGAUGACAUCAAGGAUGAAAAAUACUGGGCACGGCGCAGAAAGAACAACAUGGCUGCCAAGAGGUCACGGGAUGCUCGGCGCCUGAAGGAGAACCAGAUUGCCAUCCGGGCUGGUUUCCUGGAGAAAGAGAACUCAGCUCUCCGACAGGAAGUAGCUGAUCUGCGGAAGGAGCUUGGGCGCUGCAAGAACAUUCUAGCAAAAUAUGAAGCUCAGCAUGGCCCUCUGUGAGGCCUACAGGCUUGUGCAAUAGGAAGGACAAUGCGAGGCUGUAAAGCCCUUUCAGCGUUCAAACAUGUUGUCCAUCAUCUCUGUCUGUUCUUGGCACUUUAGAAUUUUGUGUUAGUGUGAGGGCAUGGUUGAGGGUUUUAUUAUUUUUUCGGAAGAUUUUUAUGCUACCAGGAAUGUUUCUUUCUUCCAUUUAUGUCAUUGUUAUAGGUGCAUUGUAGCAUUUAAUUGUAAAAAAAAAAAAUGUAUGUCUGUUUGUUUGUCAAAGUAGUUACAUUGUUGUGUUUUUUAUUAAUAAAGUACAAAUUGCAGGCUUUAAAUGUUUAGUGAGCCAUCCAGUGUUAAAGCUGGUGAUUAAGGCCUCACUGUACAAUGGCCUGCUGUUGUCACAGAGAGAAUAAAUUAUAGAAAAAGAUAUAAAAAAUGAAUAUUUAUGAGUAUGCUUUUUUAUUAUGACAGAUUUUUAAAAUUAAAUUACUUGGCUCUGUAAGCUGUUACAUGAUUGUGCGUUUCUUAUAUUCCAGUUACCUUUUAUUCCAAAUACCUCUCACAUCAGCAUGUUUUAUGAAUGCUUAAAAUAUUUUAAUCUUUUAAUCUUAAAUAUUUUAUUUCUGGUUAUAUUUACCAUUAUGUCUUUGACAUCCACAGUUACUUUCUUUUUCAUUAUAAGAAUUAUGAUAAGAUGAAUUAACACACUAUACCCUUGGCAAUAACUUAAAUGACUUCUAUACUGAACAUGAAUGGAGUCAGGGAUAUUUUGUUUAAUGAUAUAAGGGUAAAUGACACUGCCAAGUUUUAUUAGCACUGUUCAUUUCACAGACAAUGGCAAUGUGUUGAUUUUUAACUUGAUUAAUAAUAAUAAUAAUAAUAAUAUUAAUAAUAAUAGUAAUAAUAAUAAUAAUCUGUUUGCCUUUUGGAGCUCAUGUGUUCAGAAUGUAAUGACUUUUAGUCUCUAAAAAAAACUAUCAGGUCUUUAUUUCAGACAAGAAGGAAAUAUCUUUGUAUUGUUAUAUUAAAGUGACAUGUUUUAAAUGUUUUUUUCCCCCCAAAGCUUUUCUUGUUUUUGUACAGUAUUUUUUCUAUGAAUCGCUAAAGAUGUGUUUUAAAAGGUAUCUCACUACAUGGAAAAAAAAUUGCUUUAAAAUUUUCUAAGUACUAGCUUGCUGAAAUUCUGCAUGGGCAUUAGUAAAGUAUAAUCCAAUCUAUUUGUCUAAUGCAUUAAAAUGAUUUUUGCAUUUAACAUCCAUCUGUUAUCUCCUAGUCAUGCUGAAUCUAUUUUUUAUGCUUUAAUGAAUGGUGAAGCCCCCCCUCUCUUUUUUUCUGCUGUUUAUCCUCUUGUUACAGUGGGAUCAACACAGUCUGUAGUGUUUCUUGCUGGUAAAAUGAGUUGUUCUAAGAGAUGGUAUUAUUAUGUGUUUGCUAUACUGGUGGAAACAGUGAAUGUUGACUGUGAAAACAUCUUAUAACAUAUAAAACUUAAUUAUAGCAUGUAUAUUUUUUAGUGAUGUAUUUAUUACUUUCACAAAAAUAUGUUUAUUGUCUGGCCUUUUUUUUCUCCGUUUUCUUGUUUUUUUUUUUGCCCACAAUUACAAUCAAAGCAAAUACUUAACCAAGAAAUUUGUAGUGUUUUUUAUGCUUAAGUAAAGCUUAAAUAAAAGUAAUUUUACUAACUUAAUUUUUCUUCUUCAUAUGCAUAAAAACAAUCCCCCAAAACGAUUUUUUUUUGCUUAUGCAUACAAACUCUGCAC